AAGCAUCAAUUAUAUGCAUAUUUUAUUUUUCCUUCUCGUCUAGACGACUACCCAGAAACCCAAUCGGAAAGAGGACCAACGGCAGGAACUCCGAACCCUAGCUGCGCCGUUCGCCGUGCCGCGGCCCGCCUCCUUCCGCUACCAGCCACUUCUUCCGACCGCCGCAACCGGGUGUGCUCGCAUUCAACCGGUUAAUCCAUUCUCUAAGGGAGUUGUUAUUAAGGUAGCAUGGUAGCACCAUCAUCUAACACAUCUUCACUGAAAGAUUAUCUAAGAAAAUAUGAUAGUGGUUAUGAAGAGGAGAAGAAAAAGAAGAAGAAGAAGAAAGCCAAAUCUAACACCACAGGUGUUCUCAUUGUUGAUGAAGAUCCUGUCUGGGAAAAACCAGUUAACGUUGACGAGGAAGAGGAUGACUCAGCUGAUGAUGAGACGCCUAUGAUUAAUGAAGAUAUUGAAGUCAAGCGCAUGAAGAGACUGGAGCAGCUUAGAGCCAAACGACCAUUUGGUGCCAUUUCAGAGGAUGGAAGUGGUUGGGUUUCUGUUUCAGACGCUCCAAAGAAUAACUUGAAUUCUGAUGACCAAAAUUUGGAUUUGUCACCUCCUCGCAAAGGGAUUUGUCACAAUGAUUCACCUUCUCCUGAACUGAAACUUAAUCCAUCCAGAGCAGUAGAUGUUGAUCUGUCCCCACCCCGUAAAAGAAGGGCCCGGAACGAUACACCUUCUCCAGGACGAAAUUCCAUGCAAUCUAGGAGGCAGGAUGAAGACUUAUCACCUCCUCGCAAACACACUGCUAGGAGUGAUACGCCUUCAAGCAACGCUUAUGGUGAUAUUUCACCUCCUCGCAGAAGAAGUGCCCGAUAUGAUACGCCUUCACCAGAGCGUGAUCUCAUGCAUUCUGAGAGGGAAGAUGCUGACUUGUCACCUCCUCGCAAAGACAGCACCAGAAGUCGUUCAUCUUUCAGGAAAGUUCAUGGUGAUGUGUCACCACCACCACUGCAGACACAAAGAAAAAGUCAGUUCCCUGCAAAUGAUCUGUCCCCAACCCGUAAAAGAAGAGCCCGAAACGAUACACCUUCUCCAGAACCCAAAUCCAUGCAAUCUAGGAGGCAGGGUGAAGACUUAUCACCUCCUCGCAAACGCAAUGCUAGGAGUGAUACACCUUCAAGCAACACUUGUGGUGAUGUUUCACCUCCUCGUAGAAGAAGUGCUCGAUAUGGUACGUCUUCACCAGAACGUGAUCUCAUGCAUUCUGGGAGGGAAUGUGCUGAUUUGUCACCUCCUCGCAAACACAGCAAUAGAAGCCGUUCAUCUUUCAGGAAAGUUCAUGGUGAUGUGUCACCACCACUGCAGGAACAAAGAAAAAAUCAGUUCUCUGUAAAUGAUGACAACACAUCUGAUAUAGACUUAUCUCCACCAAGGAAGAUACGAGCUCAAUCGCCAGCAGCAAAACAGAGGCCAAAGACUGGUCUGGUUUCUGCCAAGGAUGUCAAAGAUGAAAUUGCUAAAACAAAGAAAGAGGAGUGGUUGAGGAUUAAGGAAUUGGAUCCUUCAGUUAGUGGCAAGGGUGCAGAAGGAGUAUAUCGUGAUAAAGUAACAGGGGAGCGAGUAUCUAAGGAGGAGUUCUUGAAGUCUCAUAAGAAGAAAGAGGAGGAGAAGCCUAAGGAAAUAAAGCUGGAAUGGGGUAAGGGUCUGGCUCAGAAGCGUGAGAUGGAGGCUAGGCUUCAGGAAUUAGAGAACGAGAAGAAUAAGCCAUUUGCCCGGAGCAGAGAUGAUCCUGACCUUGACAAUAUGCUCAAGGAGAGAUUGAGGUGGGGUGAUCCCAUGGCGCAUUUGGUGAAGAAGAAACAAGCGGAUCAAGCUCUUCUCCUACCUGACCUAGGGUCAGAUGAUAAAAUGAAAGAAUCUGGUUUCAUAAUCCCUCAGGAAAUCCCCCCUCACAGCUGGAUUCGAAGAGGGUUGGAAGCUGCACCCAAUCGGUAUGGUAUCAAACCAGGGCGGCACUGGGAUGGCGUUGACCGCAGUAACGGCUAUGAGAAACAAAUGUUCAAACGCUCGAGCGAGAAACAAGCAACCGAAAGAGAGGCAUAUCUAUGGUCUGUUGCUGACAUGUGAUCUGCCAUCGCCAGAACCUCUUUUCUCACUUCUCAGCAAACGAGUUACGGAGUAUUCGGGGGGUACACACGGAAGAAAUUGGAGAAAUACACACAGAGAAGGAACAGAGCCGAAAAAAAAGGAGUUCGACGUGGUGCUGUGCACACCGCCGCCGCUCCUCGCUGCUACCGUGACACUGCUGACCACCGCCGUUCUUCUUGUCCGCUGUUUGGCUUGUUUGAGUCGUUAAUUCGUCAAAUAAUCGAGGUGAGUUUGUGAGUUUGUUCUAGCAUAGAAUUCAUAGAUAGUGUUAACUCAUAUACAUAAUCAAUUUUUUAAAUUCGU